AUGAAAAUUAGGAUCAGAAAUUCAUCGCGUUGACAAAUUAUUAAGUACUAUUGUAGUCACAGUUUGGACUGCGAAGGCUUGGAUCCACGCUGACUCUUUCUACAUCAUUUCACCGCCGUGGAUUCUCAACAAAAAACCACACACUCUUUCUAAUUAAUAUUAAUAUAAAUAUAUAAUCUGGUAUGGCAUAUAGAAGAAAACAGCAGCAGCAAAGAAUUAUUGUCAAGGAUUCAAAGUUUAAUUCUCAAGAAAUUCCAAUUAUAAACCCUAACCCUAAUACUAAUAAUAAUAAUAAUGAAUUUUCUUCUUCCGCGUCAAUUGCGGAAAACAAUAGUUCAUCAUCAUUGGCUGCUAAAGCAAUAAGAGCAUCUUCUGCUCACCGUGAUUCUUCUUUAUCUUCUGCUUAUACUGAAUCCGCUAUUUCCCCUCGUAAAUUUCACUCCAAACCUCUUCAUACUAAGGAUGAUUCAACAAGAAACAAUAACACAUCUGUGAAGAAUUCGGAUGAACCUAGACGCGGAUUUUGGGGUGCACUUGCUAGAAAAGCAAGGUCCAUAAUUGAUGAUGAUGAUGAUGUAGCCCAACAAUAUGAAACACCUGAAAGGAGAAGACAACAAAUGUCCGACACAGAAGCAAAGGGCCAGUAUUCUAGUCAGUAUCAGUUGCCUGAAGACCGUCGAAAGGCGGAUAAUCCUGCAUUGCAGAAGGGGCUAAAUGCACUUACAUCAUCCCUCAAUUACAUUGGUGGCACCAUUGGUAAUGCUCUUGAGGAGGGCAUGACAGUUGUGGAGAAUCGAACCGCAGACAUCAUUCAGGAAACACGCAAACUGCAUAUAAAGAAGAAGACUGGUAUCCCUGAUGAAACUCCAAAUUCAAAUGUUGGGACUUCAAGGCAAUUAUCGCAGAUGCGCACUCAUACUCAGCCACAGAUUCAAACUGAUACAGAAAUUCAACUGAAGGCCUCUCGAGACGUUUCAAUGGCGAUGGCAGCAAAAGCAAAGGUUCUACUUCGGGAGCUGAAAACAGUGAAGGCGGAUCUUGCUUUUGCAAAGGAGCGUUGUGCUCAGUUAGAAGAGGAAAAUAAAAUCCUUAGGGAGAAUGGAGGAGAAGAAGGUGAUCGCCCUGAAGAUGAUGAUCUGAUUCGGCUCCAACUGGAGUCACUUUUAGCAGAGAAAGCUCGGUUGGCACAGGAGAAUUCUGUGUAUGCAAGGGAAAAUCGGUUUCUCCGGGAAAUAGUGGAAUACCACCAGCUAACGAUGCAGGAUGUAGUGUACAUAGAUGAGAAUAGAGAAGAGGUCUCAGAAGUAUACCCCAUCAACUCCCUCACAACUAGUACAAACCUGACAAUUCCAACGACUCCGCGGAAUAUAAACCCGCAUGUAAUUGGAGAUGUCUCAUCUCUACCCAUUACUCCCACCAGCCCCUUUGUUGAUGUACAACACAAAAUAUGAUUUUUUUUUCUUUCUUGAUAGGUUUGGGGUCCUCAAGCUGUUUUACUUGUAGACCUAUAAUUUAUACGUCGUAAAUGUAAUUGUUAAAAAUGUGGACUUUUUAUAGUACAUGUAUGAUGUAUGUAUGCUUAUUUUAGAUUCAGAUUUGACAAUUUCUCAAUGUUGAUUAUCAUCUAUUCAGAUCA